AAUUCUCGGUAAAGAUCAAUAAUGAAUGUUCACCAAAUCAAAAUAUAUGCAGCCGAGAGUGAAGCGGCCCCUUCUACCACUAUCUAUCAGUUUCAAGUAUCAUCAAAUCCGUUGUUACAGAUGUAGCUGGAGUCUUCAACUAUCAACAUCAUUUCUAAUAUAUUGGACUUGUGUCCAGCUGUGUCACGCACUCACACAUUUAAAAAUAUUACGACAACAACGACAUCUUAAUUGUAAAGCAUUGUGAGCUUAUUUUAAGUUUUCGUAUAUAUUGAUACGAAAUCUCAAGCUUUCCUGUCACUUGAAACUUGUAAUAUAAAUUAAAACAAACGUUCGAAAGCUUCCUUUAAUAAUAUAUUAUCGUGAUUAUAAUAAAUAUUAAGUCUAUAAUUUCCCCCGAUAAUUUAUGAUAGGUAGGUACUUGGCGUGCUUUAAAUAUACUUCAUUUAAGCUGUUUCGUAAAGUUUUAUUCGGAAACCAUAUUUUGUUACAAAUAAAGCAUAAUAAAGUACAAUUUCACUUUCAUGUUUGCUCCCCAUAAAUUUGCCUGAAUAGAAAUCUAACUAAACCAAUAUGAUCAUUAAAAUAUUCAUAGGUACUCUUGAAUUUUUAUUAAGAUUAUUGGUAACAAUAUUGAAACUUUAUUGUAGUUAUGAUACCCUAUAUCAGUAGGGAUAUGAUUUUAAUGACAGACGAAUCUGGUUAGUUUAAGAUAGGUAUAAAACAGUUGGGCCUGGGCAAAUUUUUUUUAGUCUAUACCUGUAUAUUGUAUAGGACAUAGUAGGUAGUGUGAAUAAUAUCAUAUUGCAUAUAUUUGAGUUUUCGGUCAAAGAGAGAAAAUUAUAGUUUUUCAAAGUUUUCAUGUUGGUAUUUCGUUUUUACGUUUACCUCUUAAGUGACGGAUUGAUUUGAAUUUGAUUAUAAUGUAGUAUGUACCUACUCAUUAUUGCUUUAAAACUAAAUGAAAUGAAACUAAAUUAAAUUGGCCGAAAAUGUAUCCAAUCAAAUGUUGUACAUUUUAAAUAUGAGAAAGUUAUAUGAAAAUGUACCACGGAUCAACAUUGUCAUUCAAAAUUAACCAUUUUUUUUUUAUCUGUUAAUUGUUUAUAAAGUGUUAUGUUCAUGUCUCAUUAAAAAAAAAGUUUGUACAUUAUUGUAAAUAAUAAUAAAUUCGUUGCUUUAUUUUUUGUUUUUCAACAUAAUUCGUGUAAAAAUUCACUGGUAAAAAAAAAUUAUGUGAUGUGAUAACUGAUACAGCUUAAUACUUUAUACAGUGGUGCAACUAUAGGGUGAUGAGUAACUCAAUUUUUAAGAUCUAUAAUAUGUAAUAUUGAGCAAAUUUUUUAAAAGCAAAAAUAUUUUAACAAACAAUGCGUAUAUUAGUUGAUAUUGAUCAUUCAAUAGACUAUUCACAGUCCACAGAUAGAAUCAAGUUGUAUAUUUAUAGAUCAAAGUACAUUUCCACAACUUUAUAACAACAAUAUAACAUUUUCUGGUUUUAUUUACAAUAUGUUCUAUUAUUUUGUGCUACUUAUGGAGAUAAUUUUCUGCAACGGAAUGUAUGAUUAAAUUAAAAACCCAAUAAAUUUUAUUAUUUAUAAAAAUACCAUAUAAGUAGGUGCUUAUAUAAUAUUAAAUACUUUUUUUCUUCAUUACAAUACACAAAACCAACACGGUUUUUCCUUUAUAUUACUUGCGUUGUUUUAUUAUUAACAUUUGGUUGAGACUUUGAGAGUGUAGCUAGGUACUCAAAACUUCGACCCUAGUAAGUUGGUCUUGUUCACGAUAUUUCUGAUUUGCCGUUUUAAAAUGGAUCGUUUUACAUACACAAUAUAAGACUUGAAAUCAAUAAUCUCUUUAAUAAUUAUGAGUUAUAAAUUUGAACAGUCAAUAUCGUUGAGCUAUGCGUACUUAGAGCUGCAGGUGUGAUAAUCGUAUUGCACAAAUAUGCUGUGAGUUUUUUUCAGAUUAAAAUAUGUCCUUUGGAUCCACACCAGACAAAUAAAAUGUAGCGGUAUUAUUUAUUUUAGUAUACUGUAAGUAUUGCACUAACCACAAGUUGCUCUCUUCACUACAACCGUCGCUUAUUAAUAAAAUACAAACCAUACAAUCUGCAGUGGUUGUAAACUUAAAAUAUCCACGAAAUAACCACGUGCGCAUAACAAUAUAUUAUCAUUAUUAUUAUUAUUAUUAUUAUUAUUAUUAUUAUGUCAUCACGCUAUAAUAUGUCGUUGGGUGUUCACCGUGUUCGUGCCGUGUGUUUCAGCACACGAGGAGUUGAAGUACUUGGACAUGAUAACAGAGAAGAGCGAAGCGAUGGCCGCCGCGACGCCGUCCGUCGACUCGAAGACGGUCGUCGUCGUGGCCUCCCAUCAGCAACAGGUGCAUCACGGUCGGCAAUCCGUCAACCGGCCACCCUCGUCGGCGCUCACCGGGCACCAUCACCAUCACCACCACCACCACCAGCCGCCGCCACCGCCACAGCCGCCGCCGUCACACCAUCAACCUGUGCAGCCGCCGCACAACCAGCAGCCGUCACUGCACCACAACCGGUCCGGUAGCAGCCUGUCCGUGACCGAUUACCGCGAACCGGUGACCGCGCCGACGGUAAUCUCGUUGGAGUCCGGCGGCGGCGGCGGAGGACGGCGGGCGGCCGCCGUCAACGGAAGCGUUUCCAGCGUGAUAUGCGGCGGCGGGCCGACCCAUCCGACGCACGCGGCCGUCUGGCACCCGCGACCCAUCUACCCGUUCGCGUUGCCACUGACUAACGCCACCGCGCUGUGGCACCACGCGCAGCCACAUUUCCCCACGCCCAGCGUCACCUUCCCACCGUUCAUCGAGAACGAGUGGUCCAGACACUGUCGGUUGCCGAUGUUCAACCCGGAACUGCAACCGGAACCGGUGAACUUGCAGAACAACAACCACCACCACCGUCGGCCGGAACCGGGCCGGGCGCUGGAGCUCGCGGGGAGGCUGCAGCAGGAGCGCGCGGCGCACAACCAUCCGGCGCCUGCGAACCCGCCUGCACAUGACGACCGGGAACAGACCAGACACCACGCCUAGCCGAUACGAGCACAGUUGUAGUUUUCGACUUUAUAAUAUUAUUAUUAUUAUUAUUAUAAGUUCCACCCUGCGACGACGGGCCCGUUUAUAUAAUAUAGAUACAGUACGAAACGUUUACGACAGCAAUAAUAAUCAUCAUCAUCGAUGUGGCGGUGGUAACAAAAAACAAUAGGUAUUUAAUCUUGUGGUGUUUGUGGAUUUGUGUAAAAAAAGCAAUCGUCUGAUUUUUCAAAAUGUAUGUAAAAAAUCAAAAAAAUCUAUGUGGAUAAUAAUAUUGCUAUCAAACAGUAAUUGUAUUAACCCAUCAUCAUUAUCGCUGUUGAUCGCGAGCUUAUGCGGUCAGAGACUUAAAUAUUGUCGUACCUAUAAAUUAUUGAACCACCAUCUCCACCCCUUUCCCGACAUUGAUAUUGCUGUAUUAUACACACUGCUGCCGCAAGCACGCCGUACAUAAAGUUAGAUUUAAUAAUAAUAACAAUAAUAAUAGUUUAAUAAUAUAUAAGAGUGCGAAAAACUUAUCCCAACCCCGUAGGAUUAAACGCGUCGAGUCGAGCGGACGCGUGUUGUAUUGUACCUAAUAUUGUCUAAAAUAAAAAUAAUAAACACUGUUUAUAGGGGAAACAAUCGAACAAAUAACGCGCGAUAAUACAAAAAGCGGUUUCGGAGUUCACGUUUUGGUCGUUACCGACACAUACAAAAUGUACGAUUUAAAAAGGUACCUACCACUUAUAUUGCCGAUUAUGUAUUAUAUUAUAUUCUCUUAUCGUGUCCCGUAUUUGCAGAGGUGACUUGUUUAUAUUGCACUACCGAAAAUGCCCCUUUUAUCCAAUAAUUAUUCUAAAUUAGAAUUUCUAAAUUGUGUUGCUGAAUACCGCGGUAGACACACAAUAAGUAUAAACAUUUCACUCGAAACGUGCCUACCCGUAUUCGGUAGGUAUCCGUGCAUGCUUUAACUGCUCUCGCGACUUACAAUAAUAAUAUCACACGUCUAAUGUAAAAAUAGUUUAAUAUUGUUUGCCACCUUUAGAUUAAUAUAUUAAAUACGAUCGCCUGUAUGUUAUUAAUAAUUAUUAUAUUGCAACGGUCGACACGACCGGUGAAACUCGAGGGGGAGUGUAAAAUCAAUGUGAAUUUUGUUUGUCAUGUGUCAUGUUUAUUAUUAUAUAUUAUUAUUUUG